AUGUAUGUGGACAUCCACAACUCGGGCGACUCAAUGGUCGUUGGCGAGGGGGAGGCGCGGGCAUCGUCGACGGCCAGCAGUCGGCACAAGUUCCGGUUGCAAGGGACGGUCCGCAUCCACACACUCGAUGACCUGUUGCCCAUCGGCACACCUGCAGCGCCGGGAAUCGUGCCACUGAUGAAGAUGGACGUGCAGGGCUACGAGUGCCGGGCGCUGCAGGGCAUGCAGCGGUUGCUUUCCAGCCGCAGCGUCAGUGCCAUCGUCACAGAGGUGUCACUACCUCACCUGAAACGGGCCCAGUGCUCCAAGGCAGGGCUCCUUGGCUCGCUUCACGACUCAGGCUAUCGCGUCGACCACCCCGAUGGAGGACGCGGCGCAUGGAGUUGGGACGUGCUGGCUGUACUGCAGACGGGCCGUUAG